GCGCCCAGCCAAGUCUUUUCUACACCCUCCUCCAGCUCUGCACGGUCCCCGGCGCUGGUCCCCUCCUGGGGAGCAGGAUCGUGGGUCUCAGCUCGACCUGGCCAGGGAUCCGGGACGGCUCCACUUCUUACCUGUUGUCACACACGCAGAGUGACCACAUAGGAACUCUGCAGGUGGCAAGGGACUUCCUGCUCCUUCAACCAGCCAUUUUCUGGCUUGGGCUGUGGCUUCCUUGUAGGACAAACCUUUGCCGGCCUCUGACCCCUUGCCCGUGUUCAUUCGCCUGCACCUUUUCCCCCGCCCCCUGCUGGGACCCUCCGUCUUCAGCCAUGGUCUGGAGGACACUGGGCGCCAGCAACUUUUCCACCUGUCCCAAUGGUUCUAUCCAAUGGAUCUGGGACGUGUUUGGUGAAUGUGCCCAGGAUGGCUGGGACGAGGCCAGCGUGGGCCUGGGCUUGGUCUCCAUUCUCUGCUUCGCUGCCUCUACCUUCCCCCAGUACAUCAAAGCCUGCAAGACAGGCAACAUGGACCAGGCCCUAUCUCUGUGGUUCCUGCUGGGCUGGAUCGGUGGAGAUUCCUGCAACCUCAUUGGCUCCUUUCUGGCAGACCAGCUACCCCUGCAGACCUACACGGCUGUGUAUUACGUCUUGGCCGACCUGAUGAUGCUGACACUGUACUUCCAUUACAAGUUCAAGAAGCGACCUUCUCCCUUGUCUGCCCCUAUCAAUUCUGUGCUCUUGUUCAUCUUGGGGACGGUUUGUAUCACACCACUGUUGAGCGGCACUGAUCCUGUGGCUGUCCCCAGGGAAGGCUUCCGGGGGCGGACGCUCCUGUCCGUGGAGCCAGGCAAUAAGCCCUUCACAAAGAAGGAGGUCAUCGGCUUCGUCAUCGGCUCUGCCUCCAGCUUGCUGUACCUGCUCUCGAGGCUGCCUCAGAUUCGCACCAAUUUCCUUCGGCAGUCGACUCAAGGCAUCUCCUACUCGCUGUUCGCACUGGUGAUGCUGGGGAACACGCUGUAUGGGCUCAGCGUGCUGCUCAAGAACCCCGAGGUGGGCCAGAGUGAGGGCAGCUACCUGCUGCACCACCUGCCCUGGCUCGUGGGCAGCCUGGGGGUGCUGCUGCUUGACACCAUCAUCUCCAUCCAGUUCCUGGUGUACAGAAGCCACGAGGCUGCUGCUGCCUCAGAGCGAGAGCCCCUCCUUCCCAGCUGAUCAGCGUCCUGGAUGAUGGGAACCUCAGCUGCCAAACCGGGAAGGAUGAGGUGUGGGCAGUGAUACUACUGCUGCUGGACCAGGCCUAGGAGACUGCCUGCUUGGAACUCUGGGCCUGGCUACCUCUCCUCCAUGACAGGUCUGGAGUGGCUCAUGUUGCACAGGGGCAUACCUCUUGGGUGUAUGACAGCUGCCCAAGGAGCCUGUAGGGCACCCAUAGCUGAGACCCCAGAGGACAGUGUGGCCACUUCCCAUCUACCUACCUCAAUCUGACUGUACUGGCUACAUCAUAGUCAGGGGACCCAGGGUUGUCCCUCUGACUGGAUACAACCUAGUAAAUGGUACCUUCCAGCUGGGCCUGUUUCUGCUGCUCCUUCCGGAGGUACUUAGGGUCCAGGCAGGGACCCAGGGCAAGUCCAGCCAGAUAGGGGGACCAUGUGCAGCCUCCGUGGUCCUUGGCAUCCUGACUUGUAUCUCUCUGCCCUCUUGUACACCGACCCUACCCUGCUGUGGGACAUGGCAGCCAAGGGGACACCAGUGGGCUCUGGAAGAAGCAGAUAACUAAGGGCAGGGUUCGGUUGAGCAUCACCGGGGGCUUGGCAUGACCAUGCAACCACCCUCUGUGCCCUUGCCAAGGCUGCAUAGGUAGGGUGAGGCGGUUAGCCCAAAGGGAGACGUGUAGUCAAGUGUCUCGUCGGAACUCAGUGAAGGUUGCCUUUGAAGUAGAGCAGAGGGACAGACUGGUGCCUUCCUGAAGAAGGUGGAGACCAGAAGCACAGAUGGAGGACAAAGCCUACAGGAGACAGGGCCCAGAGGUGAUGAGGACAGAGAGGAAGGGAGAAAGGUUGCUCCCUGCUAUCUUUAUAACAACACCUUUUGGGGACAGAGCACCAGCCCCCUUCCCUGCUGGCCUCCACUGACUCGUACAUUAUUGUAGGUGCAGAAAGUCAGAUGCAGGCCAGGGGCCACCUGCCAGAGACAAACGGCAGGCACCUCUGAGCGCUGCUUCAGCGUCUCUGCCCACAGUUAAAGAGAAGGUCCUGGCACAGACCCAGGCGAAGCAUGUGGUGCUCCCGGCCCCUCCUCCCAGCCCACUGCUGGCCUCAGGUGACCUUUGCAGCUCCAUGCCAUCCUGGGACUUGGCUCUAUGCUAGUUUCCUAGGGCCAGGUGGCACCUUUUCCAAAUCCUGAAGAUCUGGGGCCUCAGUAUGGCACGUGACCCCCAGGUGCAGGCCUGAACUGAAGCUGCACAGGCAGGAGAAAAUGAGACGGCAGCUUUGCCUGAGAUGCUGUCCUGGGUCUGUCAAGAGGGGUGACACUCCGUCGUGGGGGGACUCACACUUUGUCUGACAAAGGGGGUACAGUCUCAGAUUACAUUUCUCCAAACUUUGAUUUCCUCAUAUGUUCUGGAGGCUUGCUCCAGUGCUCCAAGUAGGGGUCAGAGAAGGCUUGGCUUGCAGUACCUGGUGGCCUGGUUAUUCUAUCUGUUAGGUGAGGGGUUCACAGACUUCAGCAUCUCCAGCCUGUCUCAGCUCCCGGGAGCCUUUUGACUUAGGCCAGCUCCCUCUGUUUCUCCCACAACACUGGAAACAGCGUUAGCGACCUCUGACCCUCCACGCUGCCUGCAUGAGUUGCACUUUUGGUUUUAUGUCCCAGCAUCUGGCACAUGGGUAAAGAAAUAGUGACUAUAUUACUGUCCCCAUCCAAGGGGAUGUAGCCAUCUCGUACCUCCCCAGGGGUACGGCCAGCUUGACUAACACAACCCUGCUGUAAUGAUGGCCCCACUGCUGCUGAGAGCUAGAAACUUCACAGCCGUCCUCCAUGUCUUCUCCUUGGCCUACACUUCUUUCUUCUUGCAAGUCGUGGAGUGGUGGGAUGCCCAUCCUGAUGUGGCCUGUCGUACAACAGGCUCCUCACAUCCUUCCUCAGCCUCGUGUGUGGACUUUCUGGUUCCAGACCAGGCUCAGCCACAGAAAUGGAAAUUUGCAUGUCAGGAGAGUCCCCCUCAAGUCACUCAUAGGGGGUAAGGGGGGAGGAGGCUGGACCAUGUGCCUGCAAGUGGUUAUAUUGAGACAGGGCCUUCUAGAGCUCAGAUCAGACCAGCCUGAAAACCACAGUCCUCCUGUCUCAUAUGUUACUUAUCAUGCCUGGCGUCUAUAAGAUGCCCUGGAGGAAAGCCCUCUUCCUGUGCCUGGACCUCUACAGUAUUCACAGGGCUUCACCUACUUUUAAGUCGAGGGGCAGGGGAAGCUGGAGGCAGAAGAACUGGGCCUAGCUAGGCUAGGAUUCUCUGGUUAUUUGAGACCUGGGGAUCCCUUUCCCUCUCUUCCUUCUCUCUCUCCCUCUCCCCUCCCCCCUUCUCCCCUUUCCCCAUCCUCCUUACCCUCUCUCUUUCUCUUACCAACUAGGACAGUAUGGCCUCCAGGUCUCCUCUUUUUUCAGGAAGGGGAGCAGUCCCAAAUCGCCCUCCUCUGUCCCUUUUGUCUGACUCGUGGCUUCCCAGGGAAGGAAGGAGGUGUGAGCUCACACGGGAAGGCUUGAAGCUGCUACCUCAUGGCUGGGACUGCUUUCCCCACAGGUUCCCAGGGCUCAGGUGGUAAGGUCCCUGACUGCCUCCCAGCCCUGCCCAACAGCUCCAAGGACACAGCUAUCCCCAAUUCCACACCCGAGUCAGACAACUGGGCAAAGAGCACCACUGUACACCACUCUAUCCCCAGGAUACAGUAGAUGCCCAACAAAGUACCUGAGCCGAUGUCUGUCUGGAGGCUCUGGCAGAGGCGGAGCCCGUCAUGUCACUAGCAAGCAUACAACGACUUUACAGGGUGGUUUGUGAAUUAGAGCUUGAUUCACUGUUUGGAAAGGUGUCUUGUUAUCUCUACAGUGUUAAUAUUUGAAUGUGGUGUUAGAAGUAGUGAUAAUAUGAUUAUGGCUUGCAACAUUCCUGUGCAUGUCCAAUCCAGAGUAUGCAAAGGCCAACGGUGUAGAAGGAGCUAUGCAGUGAAGCUGUUGUGGAAAGAUGACAUCUGCUGGACAGCCCGGAGGGAAACAUCUGCAGGGAUAAUACUUAGCCCACAGCACAUCUGUCCAGCCAGGGAUAAUACUUAGCCCACAGCACAUCUGUCCAGCCAGGGAUAAUACUUAGCCCACAGCACAUCUGUCCAGCCCAUUUUCCAAAUUGGAAAAGUUUCACAAAAGAGGCAGAAGAGGCAGAGGUAAUGACAGGAGAGGUAAUGACAGCAGAGGUAAUGACAGGAGAGUGUAUCUACCAAGAGACAUUCUAAAUGACACUAAGUAACAUGUCGGGGUUUGGGGUGCAGCUCAGUUAGAAUGGGACUCACCUAGUAUGCAUGAGGUCUUGGGUUUAACCCCCAAUGUGUGUGGUGGUGCAUGCUUGAAGCCCCAGCACUCGGGAGGCAGAGGCAUGAAG